CAAGUAUUAGUUCUGCAGCUGAAAAAGCAAUUGUUGUUGAUAGUGGUCGAACGUACGUUUUUAUCGCUUGUUUACGUGAUUUAUUACCAGUUUAUUUUGUUGAAAAGAUGUCUUCAUUAGAAAUACACGAUUAUACUGCAUGUGACGAUCAAAAUCGAGAUGUGUUUCGAGAGAUUAAAAAUGAUAUUCUCAGAUCAAUACCAAAGCAUCGGCCUAGUUUCCAAAAUAACCAGAUUGACGAAAUGGUUGCGAGUGUACGAAGUGACAUGAUUACCCGCCAACAAAAUGAUAGUGUUAAGUUACGAUGCGGCGAGCCGUGUCCACGUUGUAAAAUUUCGUGUCACCUGGAUGCCGGCCAUAAUUCACAGAAUUCUGAAAGAAAAUACUCGGGCACUGUAACAACACCCACGUUAUUUACAAUUACCGCUGUAACAAAGCAACUAUUGAAAAUAUCAAAAAAAUUAAGCUCAGAACGCUUUCGAAAGCACGAUUCAUGCCAUCAACCGAUUGGUUUAGCGGGAGGGAUUUGGGAUAGUCAUUCGCUAUACCCCGGACAGUUAUGUGCACCGAACUGUGCAAUGCAGUUAAGAAACAGACAGUGUUUUAUACAUGAUAACGCAAGUCACCCAUAUGUAAAAUUUAACAUUGUCUAUCCUGAAUGGCGUUUGCCCUCUAUGGAACAGCAAGAAAGUUUGAAACUAAGAGAAUAUAUAUUUUAUAAUUAUCAACUCCAACUAGCUGCAGCUUAUUCUGUAUUGUCCUGUUCGAAUAUUCCACCUGAAUAUAAUCACACGUUAUCGACUAUUAAAAGACAAUUAGAAAAUAUGAUUGAUGGUAAUUCCAGUGAUUGA